GGAGGUCCCACCAAUCAGAUGCGGGGCUGGGUCAAGGUUGGUUUGUGCGCAGGAACAGAGGGACCGUUGCUGUCAGUGGAAAGCCCAGUUGUCCAUCCAGCACCAUGGGAAAGAAGAGUCGAGUGAAGACUCAGAAGUCGGGCUCAGGAGCCAGCGCUGUGGUUUCACCUAAAGAGAUGAUGAAUCUCAUCUCUGAGCUGCUGCAAAAAUGUAGCAGUGCAGCACCCUCUGCUGGUAAGGAGUGGGAGGAGUACACCCAAAUUAGAGGCUUGGUUGAGAAGAUCCGCAAGAAACAGAAGGGUCUGUCAGUGGUGUUUGAGGGUAGUAGAGAGGAUUACUUCCCAGAACUGAUGUCUUGGGCUGAGGAAAAUGGAGCUUCCUGUGACGGCUUCACUGUGACCAACUUUGGCACAGAGGGCUACGGCCUGCGAGCCACCAUGGACAUCAAGGCAGAGGAACUGUUCCUGUGGAUUCCCAGGAAGAUGCUGAUGACAGUAGAGUCAGCCCAGAACUCUGUUCUAGGUCCUCUGUACAGCCAGGACCGCAUCCUACAGGCAAUGGGCAAUGUGACACUGGCCCUCCACCUGCUCUGUGAGCGGGCCAACACGGCUUCCCAGUGGCUGCCAUACAUCCACACUCUUCCCCAGGAGUACGACACGCCGCUUUACUACCAGCAAGACGAAGUGGAGCUGCUGCUGGGUACACAGGCCGUGCAGGAUGUUCUGAGCCAGUAUAAAAACACUGCACGGCAGUACGCCUACUUCUAUAAACUGGUCCAGACUCAUCCUGCAGCCAGCAAACUGGCCCUGAAGGACAGCUUCACAUUUGAUGACUACAGGUGGGCGGUGUCUUCAGUGAUGACCCGUCAGAACCAGAUCCCGACUGAGGACGGGAGCCGCGUCACUCUGGCUCUCAUCCCCCUGUGGGACAUGUGUAACCACACAAAUGGACUGAUCACCACUGGGUACAACCUGGAGGACGACCGCUGUGAAUGUGUGGCGCUGCAGGACUACAAGGAGAAUGAACAGAUCUACAUCUUCUAUGGCACCAGGUCAAAUGCUGAGUUUGUCAUCCACAACGGCUUCUUCUACCAGGACAACGCCCAUGACCGAGUGAAGAUCAAGUUAGGUGUCAGUAAGAGCGAGCGCCUGUAUGCCAUGAAGGCGGAAGUGUUGGCACGAGCCGGCAUCCCAGCGUCCUGUGUCUUUGCUCUGCACUGUAAUGAACCCCCCAUUUCAGCCCAGCUCCUAGCCUUCCUCAGAGUCUUCUGCAUGACGGAAGAAGAAUUAAAGGACUACCUGCUCGGAGACCAUGCAAUUAAUAAGAUCUUCACCCUGGGCAACAGCGAGUUCCCUGUCAGCUGGGAGAACGAGAUCAAGUUGUGGACUUUCCUGGAGACCCGAGCUGCUCUGCUGCUCAAGACCUAUAAGACCACCUCAGAGGAGGACCGCUUCAUGCUGGAGAAACCUGAUCUUUCUCUGCACUCUCGCGUGGCCAUCCAGCUGCGUCUGGCUGAGAAGCAGAUCUUGGAGAAGGUGUCAUCAAGUGGACGAGCUAAACGUCUGCACUUCCAAAAGAAGCUGGAGGAGGGUGCACCAUUGCCUCACUAUGAGGAAAGCGAUAUCGCUUUGCUGGAGAAUACUGAACCAGACGCAAAGCUUCCUAUUAUCCUCCGCAAGCUGGAGGAAGUGGAGGAAGGCCAGGAGAUCCAGGUGGAAGAGCACAGUCAUCUCCUGAAUGGGGAGAAGGUGGUGUACAGGAUGGAGGCGAAUGGAGAGCCAGUGCAGGAGGAGACUCAGGAGAGGGUCAGCAAAGAUGUUCAUUCAGCUUUGGACUCCACUGGAAGUUCAAACCAGAAAGGCCAAAUGGAAAUGGCCGACCAAAGUGCCAGCCGAACUGAAGAGAUUCCCAAAGAGAGGAGUGAAUAAAUAUAUUCCGCUUACAGCCACAGCCCAUGCUAUUUAUUUAUUUUUGUGUCUCUAAAAUGACUCAGAAAUAUCAAAGCUGAAAGAAACAACGAUGUUCACAUUCAAAUCAGUGUGUUUAAAUUUGAAAUGUAGGUUUGCAUUGAAAGGUUUUUGUGGCAGGUGGGAGGGGUGCAGAACAGGUCCCAGCAGAUCAUCAGAUGAAUUAAAAAAAACUAAAUAGAGUUAGGUGAAUGUUAUUUCCACAAAACCAAAACCUCUGUUAUUGGUUGUGAAGCGGUUGGUUUAUUACUGCAGUUUUUCUCCAUAUGUGUCCACUAUAUUUUGAGUUGACAAUCAUUUUCUAUGGAGAAUCUUGGGGUGUGCUGCUGAUUUAAGACCAUCGCUGGCCUCUUUUUUUCUUUUCUCUGCUUCAAAUAAUUUCAGGCUGAAUAACAAUUACGUAGCUACAGCCCUUCUUAAAAAGCUGUUUUAUUUCCUGUUUUAAAAGUAUCUUUAUGAAUGUAGUCAGUUCACGUUAGAGUGAGUAUCUGUGGAUGUGACUUAAAGGGACUGAUGUGUGACACAGUGAUCACUGUUGUUGCCCCUGAGAAAGCCAUAUACAGGACUCAGUGCUAACUAACUGUGCACUGAUACAAAGCCAAUACUGACUGAAAAACUCACAUUUGAUGCACAGGCUUUCAUGCUUAUCACUUAUUACAUUGGACCUUAUAAUAGUGUGUGUGGUCAUGGGGUCUGUUAGUUUUACCCAUUUACUGAAAACACUUAUCAUUAUCACUCACCAUACUGUGGAGCCACAUUCAGUACUGUGGUACUUUUACAUUGACAUACAUGAUUGAUACUAUUUGACAGAGUUCAUCUUUGAGCCUUUGGCCACAUUUCAUCUCCAUCGGAAAAUGUUGGUUCAGGUGACCCAAGUGACAACAAGUGGUCAUAAUGGGGCCGCUUCCUCAAGUCUGAUCACUUAAAGUAUAAUUAUCAUUAACCCUCCCUGCAGACGCAGGAUCUCGAUCCCAUAAUUCGUCUUUGCUUGCUAGCGUCCUCUAUUUUCACAACAAAACAACGUUAUAUUGCGUAUAUUACCGACUUGCUGGUAGAUGAAGAGGGCAUGCAAUGGGUCAAGCUGACAGUGAUUGCCCUCUGAGCGGGUCAUGACGGGUGGAAUACGUAUCUUUUCCCACUGUUCGAAUAAAUGUUCGAAUUUUAUAGUUGAGUGGUCUGAAUAUCUGGGCUCAGAAAGCCCUACCUGUAUAUGAAGGAGGUGAGAUAUAUGCUAAUGUCUUUCGAUGCAUUGGAUGUCCUCACGUCUUUUUCCAGACGUCCUUUGACUCCCUGAGUCUGACCCCUUCCUAAUCCAGUCAGGGUCAAAUGUCAGCGGAUUACCAUCCUCCAAUCAUAUAUGACCAUUUGUUACCAUGUCACAAAAGUUUAAUAUUUACUCUGGGUCACGUGUACAUUUCUAAACCAACUCUUUGGGAGAAAUUUAGCAAACUGCUGAAUGCUGAUGAAGAGCAUGAUAUGUAGUUGAAAAGCUCAGGAGACACUUGUUGGUGUAAUUUUAAUUUAUUCUGACAAUCUACUGUUCCCCAAACUGUCUCUCUUCCAUUAGAAUGAUGAUGUAAUAGUGUCGUUUAAGGAAAAGUUUAGCCUCACAAAAUUGGACCAGGAACACAGUGGAGCAUCAUUAUCAAUAUUUACUUCACUGAAGAUAAGAGAAUAAGAAUCAUCACUUGUUGCUCUGAGGUGAAACUGUCAAUAUCCUGGUACACUGUUCAAAAGGAACCCGGCUCAUUAGGGACUCAUGGUCAGUGGGUUGUUUUGAGAAGGUGAAUUCACUUGUCUCAAACCUGUACACCUGUCUUGGCAGUCCCACUUCAGCUCACAUACUGUAUAAAGCAACCUUUAUCUUGUCAACUAGUGCAGUGCCCAUCAAGCUGGAGUGUGAACUUUGAUGAUGUUAUCAGCGACAUCAUCUGUGACUGUUUUCUCAGUGGAAAAGAAAACACGAACCCGUGGUACCCGCAAAUGCAGUGGAGUAUUCCUGUGGUCGUUAGAUUUUCACCCGCCAAGUUUGAAGUGUAUCUGCUGAGUGGUUGUGUAGAACAUGGAAGGACACAGAUAUUCAGGGGAGAAAGGGGUCAGUUGAGUUCUACAAGAAACGAGAAACGAGCACUGAUAACACUCACUGUGCUGUUAGCUCGUCUUCCUGCUCUUGCUUUGUUGCAGCCUAUUAGCAGUUUUCUUUCUUCGUCGUCGUGCAGAUGCCACACAAACGGUAAAUAUGAUUUACAGCCUGUUGUUUUAACUGAUCAGUUACUGUUAUCAGCUCUGCUUUAAACACUGAUCAGGGAUGAAUGACCCUGACAGAUCUGCACUGGCUAUAGACCUUCACCUUAUUGUGUUGUAGAUGUAAACUGAUAUUUUGCCCAUCAAUCUACACUCUAACCCAUCAUAAUAAAAACGGAAAUCUUUCAUUAA